AUGGCGGGAACGACAACCAAGCUGCCGACUUGCAGGCAAGGCUCUGUGGUGCCGUACACCAUCAUCGAGGGCCCGGACGCCUGGACCGCUUCCGACUUCCCCUCCCUGGAGAACCACAUGCUGCACCUGGACGCCACCCACGUGGCGGAGUUGGAUGGGGCCGUGGAGGCGGUGCUUGCGAGCGGCAAACGACUGCAGGAUAUCGCUCUGUCGGACUUCGCUCUGCCCACACUGUCCGGUCCGCUGUUCGAGGCCGGUCGGGAGGCGCAGUUCGGCCGCGGCUGGGCGCUGCUUCGCGGCGUGCCUGUCUGGCGUUACAGCCGGCAGCAGCAGCUGGCCGCGUACUGGCUGCUGGGGCUGCACUGGGGCCGAGCAGUGCCGCAGAACGCCGGGGGGCACCUAGUGGGGCACAUCAAGGACGUCGGACACGACCCGGGCGACCCCAUAACCCGGCUGUACAGGUCCAAUGCGGCCCAACCCUGGCACAACGACGGGCCUGCCGAUCUGGUUGCGCUGCUGUGCCUGUCUAAUGCUGAGGAGGGCGGCGACAGCGGCUGGUCAUCUUCCAUUUCCGUACACAACGAGAUACUGCGUCGGGUACCUCACCUGAUGCCUGUGCUGACGGGUCCUUGGUUCUUCGAUCGGAAGGCUGAGAUACCUGAGGGCAAGAAGCCCUUUUUCGAGAUCCCGGUGUUCAACUACCACAAGGGCUACCUGUCCGUCAACUACUCGGACAACUAUUACCUCCUCAGCCAGCGCCACCCUGAGGUACCCAAGCUGCAGCCCGAGCACUACGAAGCCAUGCGCCUGUUCAACGAGCUCGCCUCCGGUCCCGAGCUCAGCUUGCGCAUGGUACUGAGGCCCGGAGACGUGCAGCUGCUGUCCAACCACACGUGCCUACAUUACCGUGGAGCCUUCCGGGACAGCCCCACCCACACGCGGCACCUGCUGCGCCUGUGGCUGGCGCCGCCCGAUGACCGCCCGCUGCCUGAGUGCUAUGCGGAGAUUAUGGCCGGCAGCGUGGUGCCGGGGAAGCGCGGAGGGAUUAUCAUCCAGGGGGCUAGUCCGCACAUCCCGGAGGCGGCUGAGGGGGAGGGGGAGGGGGAGUAG